CCUUCUUCUCUCUCUCUCUCUGGUUACCCUAAUUGGAGAGUGGAAGGAUUUUGAGACAAUGACAUGUUUUUUGGGUUUGGAGAGAUGGGGAUGGUGAGAUGAGUUUCGUGGAUCUCGAUGUGUGGAGUUAGGGCGAGGGUUGGCACUCGGUAUCGACCAAGAGAGAGAUUCACGGACAGGGAGAGGGCGAGAUGAGAUCGUGUAAUGAUAGAGUAGCAAUUCGAAUUGUUGCUAAUUAGCUUUAACCCGCGAGUGAGUGUGGAAGCGGUGUUGAUUCAGGGCUGGGUAAUUUUUGUUAGUUUUUGCUACGAGGAUGUUGACGAUGAGAGUCUAGGUAGAUGGUUCUAGUCCACGCGGUUCGCGUGAGUGUAUGGUUGAUUUCAUAGGUUUGGAAUAUAGCCCCUUGUGCAUGCUAUAGGGUUUCAUUUAUUUUUUUGAUAUUACAGGGGCGCUUGAUUGUAGCCUUGCAGAAGGGAAUUGAAAGGAGCUUUGAUAUUAGUGGAAUUAAAGGGUAAAGUAAUAAUGCUUUUUAGUAGCCGUUUUAUUGGAUGACCUCUUCGCCCAAGGGAUGGCGUCAACGGCAAUGGCAGGGGCUGCAGGGGCAGUUGUAGUCCUUUAUUACACAGGUUGGGGUAAUCCCUGGGGUGGACAACAUCGCGAUUCAAACGAUGGGGGAGAGUCGGUGUCAUUGUUGAGUGGAAGCCAGAGACGGUUGAGUGUGACAUCAAGACCGCCCUCAACUUGGUUUGAAGCUCUCGCUACUAUCGCAGAGACCCUGCGAUUUACGUACUCUGAAACUCUUGGGAAGUGGCCCAUCGGUGAUCUGGCUUUUGGAAUCAACUAUCUUCUACGUCAACAGGGCCAGUUAAAUGUUGCCAGUGUGUUCGCUGCGGAUGAGAAUCAGCAGCUGCGUGGCCCUGCUGUGGUGGGAGAGAUGAAGGAGUUGCUGAGACUCCUGACUGUAUGCAUGCACUUUUCAAAGAAGACUUUUCCUCAUUUUCUUGAGGUUACGGGUUUUACGAGGGAUCAAGUUUUGCUUGAAGAAGGGAGGGCUGGGUUACUGAAACCAGCAUUCACGGUGUUAGUGGACCAUCAGUCCGAAUCCAUACUGCUUCUGAUUCGAGGAACGCACAGUAUGAAAGACACUCUGACAGCGGUCACAGGUUCUGUGGUGCCUUUCCAUCACACUGUAAUGGAUGAUGCCGGUAUCAGUAAUUUGGUAUUGGGUUAUGCUCACUGUGGAAUGGUAGCAGCUGCACGAUGGAUUGCUCAACUCUCCACAAAUAUUCUUAUGAAAGCUCGCGACGAUUACCCUACUUAUCAGAUUAAGGUUGUGGGACAUUCUCUGGGCGGUGGAACUGCUGCGUUGCUUACAUACAUUCUUAGGGAGCGUCAACCUCUUGGCUCAACUAAGUGUGUCUCUUUUGCACCCGCAGCAUGCAUGACCUGGGAAUUGGCCGAGUCAGGUGCCUCUUUUGUGACCACAGUUAUCAAUGGUUCAGAUCUGGUCCCGACCUUCUGCUCUGCCUCUCUUGAUGAUCUUCGCGCCGAGGUGACAGCUUCUGCUUGGGCGAAUGACUUUCGCGAACAGAUAGAAAGAACACGGAUAUUAAGAACUGUCUAUCGAUCCGUCACUGCGUUGAGCAGCCGGAUACAGUCUUUGGCCAAACUUUCGCGAGCUACGUUACCAUACUCGACCCUCAUGUUUAGUCGAGCUGCCCGAACCGGAGCAGCUGGUGCCAGCAUGAUUUGGCGACCUGUCUCCAGUGGUACUCAGGUUGUAAUGAAGCAGGCUCAGAAUGUAGCCCAAGCUGUGGUCCGUAGACCCGACUUUUCAAGUUGGUCCUGCAUGGGUCCUCGCCGUCGAAAUGUUGUAUCCACUGGCAAUGCAGGGUUGGAGGAAAAUACUGCUUCAGUCGUCGUCAGUGACAAAGAGAAAGUGGAUUACUGUAGAGAUAUUGCAAACGUAUGUAGUACCAGUGCUGCGGGCAUCAGCACUGCUGAUGAUGGCCAAGGUCAACAAUCAGCAGGUGAAUAUUCGGAGUCUUACAGGCAAAUGUUGCGUGAUGGAAACGACACUCGGAAAGAGUUUUUCUCAGGCCUCAUACAAGAGGGUGAUCUGGAGCAAGAUCUUGAGCAUGAUCACAUGGCUUCUGCUAGUGGUUUAGAAGACCUUGGUGAGGACCUUCUGUGGCAACAGUUGGCCCAGGAGCUACAUCGCCAGCAGGAGAGACAAGCUUCUUCUUCCCCAAGUGAAGAAGAGGCCGCAGCAGCUCGUGAGAUCACAGAAGAGGAGGAGCAUGUUGUGUCGACCACUGCCUCUGCGUUGGGCCAGGAUCGUAUUGUGUCAGAGAAGGAGCCGGAGCAAGACCUACGGCGAUUUUACCCUCCAGGAAAACUCAUGCACCUGGUUAGUCCCCUUCCAAGCAAGGGAGAGGAACCUGGAAGUGAAGACCAAGAGCAACAACCAAGGGUUGGACUAUUUCUUACUGAUCGAGCUUUAUAUGGCAAAGUCCGGUUGUCAAGGACUAUGGUGCAUGACCAUUACAUGCCAAAUUACGGAGUCAUGAUGACAAGUUUGAUUGAACAGUUAGAAAGGGAAAUUAACCCUUGAACGCUCAGGUUGACUGCUUGGAUCACUUUUGUACUGGCUUCCCUCGGUCGUUCAAGGGUUAAUUACUCGAGUUGAUAAAAUGGUCACAAUUGCUUAAGUUUUGUAACAUAGUGCUUGAUUCACAAAGGUGUUUUUGCACAUGCUCCUAACCAACCAUGCUGCAAUCCUAUAUAUAUAUAUAUAUAUUCCCAAUUCAAAGUAGAGAGCAAUCUUGAGGUACUUUGAAGGUACUCCUUGACAGUGUUAGAAUAACCCCUUUUGACCUUACAAUCUUUAAAACGUAUCUAUAUGUGUCUAGUUUCCAAGGAACCCUGUAGCUGGUAUUGACUCAUUACUUUAUUCUGUACUCUUACCCGAAGGGCUUGGGUUACUUAAAUGUGCAGAUCCUUUCUGAUUAUUAGCAAGUGGUUGCUCCAUGAGAACUAAA